UCCUGCCAUUGUGCAACCACUCAUCAUGAUUUUUUGAUCGCCAGUUCUGAAUUACAAGAACAUUUCGUGAAAUCUCGGCCAAACAAUCGCCACAACAGUCACGAUUGCCGGUAUUCCUUGGCUUUAUCGUGAAGUGGAGACAUAGCUUUGGUCUCCACGUAGAUCUCAAGUUGCCCCUUUGGGAGAUAAGCCGAGGCACAUCGACGAACUCGGUACCCAAGAUCGGCCUACAGACAGAUUCCUACAUUAAAUCUAUCUCGAUCGAACCUUCCCUCGAAUGAGUAUACUUAAUCAUAUCUUCCAUCAAAAAUGUAGCGUAGGAGACAAUUCUCAAAUCUCCUCAUAAGUGCGUCCUUCCACCAUCUAGAUCAACUUCAGUUUCUUCAUUUAGUAGACGCUAUUUUUUCGAUUUGAAUGGAAGUGUGUUUAGAAAACCGUUCCCAUAUCGACUGAUGUACUAAUGAUGUCCUUAAUCUAACAAAUACAUGUAUAUAUAUGGUUUCUAAUGUUACUAAGUCGUUCAACUUCCGGGACAUUAGAAGGAGUUUCGAGCAUAUGUCUAUCUACCUAUUCGGUUGAGCUCCUAGGCACCCAGGCACCCAUUGCAUACACCUUCGUUCGUAUGAACCAGAAUCUGACUGUUCAUGAACUACCCAGUACAGCAACGGCAAUCUUCGGGGGAUAUCAUCAAGUCCGUGCUGGUGCGGCAGGGAUAUCAGAAUUCGAAAGCGGCCUUAAUGAUCCUGCAACUGUGUAUAACGAGGCUGUGGGCGUUGGGACACCACUGGGUAGUAGCUUAGAGGCGGGUGCAAAGUGA